AUGGAUACAUACCAUCAAAAUGAUGUUCUAUUGUUCUACUCUGGUAAUGAAGGUCCUAUUGAGAGUUUCUAUGAAAAUACUGGAUUUAUUUUUGAAUUAGCUAAGGAGUUACAAGCAUUAGUGGUCUUUGGUGAACAUCGUUAUUAUGGAGAUUCUUUACCAUAUGGUCCUAAUAAAACAUUUGAACCAACAGUCAAUAUGAGGUAUCUCAAUGUAGAGCAAGCACUAGCAGAUUAUGCUGUGUUAGUACAAGAAAUAAAAACUAUGUUUCACAUAAAGAAAGCCAUUGUAAUUGGAGGAAGUUAUGGUGGUUUAUUAGCAGCAUGGUCAAGGUUUAAAUAUCCUAAUAUCUUUGAUGGAGCUUUAGCAGCCAGUGCUCCAUUUUAUGUUACAGCUAAAAUGAUAUUACCGACUGCUUUCUUUGGUAAAGUGACUAAGGUGGAUCAUUUAAAAGGUUGGGUACGUAAUUCUUUCACUUCACUAGCCAUGGUGGACUAUCCUUAUCCUGCAUCAUUCCUGGCUCCAUUACCAGCUUAUCCUGUAAAAUUAGCUUGUGGUAUUUUGUUUAUUGAUUGUGCUGAUCCUACAGGUUGUGGUACUGGUCUUGCAUCAUUAUCCUGGGACUAUCAGGCAUGUACUGAAAUGAACCUAGUCUGUACUACUAAUAAUGUUACUGAUAUGUUUCCACCAAGUACAUAUGAUGUCACAGAUUAUUGUUACUCACGUUGGGGGAUUCCCAAAGACAGAAGAAAUGAAGACUGGAUAGCACUAAACUAUUGGGCUCAAGAUAUGUCUGCUGGUUCUAAUAUUAUAUUCUCUAAUGGCGAUCUCGAUCCUUGGAGUGUAGGAGGAAUAUUACGUGAUUUGAGUGAGACUCUAACUGCUAUAGUAAUUUCAGGUGGAGCCCAUCAUUUGGACUUAAGGGCCAGUGAUCCUCGUGACCCUCCCUCAGUCACUGAAGCUAGAAGAGAAGAGACAGCUAUUAUCAAGAAAUGGAUUUCUGAACAGUGA